AUGCCAGUCACUCACAUAUCAGGAACUGACGACGGUGUUGUCGUGGUCGACUGCAAGGCACCUCCUCCAAUUGAUGUGAUCCCCCGGAGUUGUUAUAGCGGCCCAGAGAAGUCCCAACCGCCGCUGCUUAUUGAGCAGCUCCUCAGCGAGCUCCGCGCAGCGUUCAACGCUGAGAAGGAUGCCGGCUAUGUGAUUGACAACAAUCAAGACCCAGCAUCCUUCAACCGCCUCAACCAGCGCGUGGUAGAGCUGCUCAAGUGCUAUGCCACGACUAACCGAGGCGACUGGCACCGCUUUGCUCUGUUCAACGACCUGCACUACGUUCGGAACCUCGUAGAGGCUAACGACGACUUCGAGCUCAUUGUGCUUUGCUGGAAGGGAGGCCAGGUGUCCCGUGUGCAUAACCACGCGACUUCGCACUGCUGGCUCACGGUGUUGGAUGGCGAGAUGCGGGAGGUGCAGUACCAAAGGACCGAUCCGCCCGCUGCCGCCGCCAGUGCCGUACGUGGCGGUGACGGCAGCGACGAGAAGCCUGGCGACACUGUGUAUGUGGAGGCGACUAGGACCACAGACCUGCGGAUUGGCGAUGUGGGAUACGUCAGCGACCACUUGGGACUUCACACGGUGGGAUGCCACGUGAGCCCCGAGCAGCUGGCGGAGUGGCAGCAGACCGCACGUAACGGUUUCGGAUCUGGGGCCGACAGCUGGCAGCCGGAGGGUGGAGUCACACUGCACCUCUACUCACCUCCCAUUCGCCGUGUCAAAAUUUACGAGGACAAUACGGUUUCGGAGCGCACUCCGGGCUUCUACUCUAGGGGCGGGGUGCGCGUGUGAUGAUGUACAGGAUAGAAUAUGCAUGAACGUUCACUUGACCAGAUGAUGUACGGCUAUGUACGGAUGAGGAGUGAUUAUGUGGCGACGAGAGGAGGUGAGCUGAGCUGAGUCGAAGGGAUGUGUGUGUGGAGGGGAUGUGCCAGGGGAGGAGAUGACGUGAGG